GGCGCUGAAGCCAGUCAAUAAUAAAAAUUUCUCAGCUGUUCCAGUCAUCAAAGUUGUUUAUUUUGGUUACAGAUUCAUUAUCAACUUCACAAAGCGUAUAGCAUUGUUGCAUUCAAUGUAUGCUAUAUAUCUAUUAUAACAAAUAGAUGAUUGCUAAUGAAAGUAUUACAGUCCUUGAUUGAAGAAGCAGAGUUUGGGAGGAUCUCAGGAUGCACCUCCCAGCUUCAGCAGCCUUGUGAUGCAGCACUGAUGCUUUAUUGACCUUGGAAUCUCUGUUGACAUCUUCUCUCCUUACUUGUCACCUGAAGAUGCAUCUUUGAGGAGCAGAAACUGGAGUAAAGAGCGUCUUUCUCUGCAGCCUUCACGAUGCAACAAGAAGGAAGCGUGCGGUUUCUCAAGUAUCACCAAGGGAGUGUAAGGGGUGUGGCUUUCCAUCCAAAGGAUCGUUACUUAUUUUGCUCAGGGGCUUAUGAUGGAAAGGUCAACUUGUACUCUGCCAAGAAGUAUGAAUUCAUUCAAAGCUAUGCAAUCACCACCGUCAGCCUUGCCAGAAACAUCAAUGCCGUUCGUUUCACAAGUGACGGCACAAAGAUCCUUGCAACGACCACUGCCCGACGCAUGGCCCUGAUCGAUGUCGAACGGGGGGAGCAGGUUAUCUCCUAUGAUAAUUGUGCCUUCAACGGUCGGGACCGGACAGGACUCGCGGCGGAUCCCAUCACACCUAACAUGGCUGUCUGCUGCUGCGUUAAUGGAAAGGGCCUAACACUGUUUGACUUCCGAAUGCCUCUUCCAUUAGAUUUCAUCAAUGAACUUCAUACAGGAAUCAUCAGGGAUGUAAUCUUUGUCCAUGAAAGUUGGCCAUGGGGGAAGAAUCAACGCGCUCUCAUGUCGGUCGCACAAGAUGGCUUCUUAAAAAUUUGUACAUUCGAUGGGAAGAGUUUGCAUGUGUCAGGAACAGGGCAAGGUCUCAAUACGUUAUGUCCCACGCCGGAAAACUUUGGUUCUGCUGUCGAUGAUGGUUUUACAAGUUUGGUCAUGCUUGGAGGGAAACAUUCGUCCGCAUAUGUCCCAGAAGCAGGAGUUCAGGAAGAAUUGAAGGAAAAUGGUGAUUCUCCCAUAUGGAAACUAAGAUAUACCUCAAAUGGCAGUUUGCUCUACUCUGCUUGUGAUGGCGGGGUGAUACGGCGAUAUCGUCGCUGGCCGGACCACCAUGAGUAUCUCGGAGACUUGUUCAAGCAUAAAGGUGAUGUUGAGGACAUGGAUAUAUCACCGUUUGAUGAAUAUUUAGUCACCGCUUCAAAAGACCGCUCAGUUGGAGUCCUACGCCUUGGCUCACCCAAUCAUGGCAUCUCAGAAUACGGAGAACUCACCUAGCGCACCUUUAUGUAUUUUGUAUAGGAUCAUUCAUACUGGUUUGUGGUACAAACACAUACAGUGUAUGUACCAAUGUGGUACAAACACAUACAGUGUAUGUACCAAUGUGGUACAAACACAUACAGUGUAUGUACCAAUGUGGUACAAACACAUACAGUGUAUGUACCAAUGUGGUACAAACACAUACAGUGUAUGUACCAAUGGCGAAUAUAUUCAAAUGACACCGAUUUUCUGUUGAAAAUUGGCCCUUAUUUGUUUGAUGGAAUUCCCUGGUGAGCUGGUCGCUUGGCAUCCUGGGAUACUUGGUGUCAAGGAUGAACAGUGUUGCAUGCUGUGAAGCGUGCUGUGGUGUUCGAGGUGGGAAUCCGGUCCUCCUGGAGCCAUGCUGUGGAACAUUCACAGGGUGUCUUGUUGUGUCCCGGAGCAAAGCUUUCCACGUCUUGAAGCUAAAAAUUCUUGCAUGGAGAAGAGAGGUACAAAAUUUAAAAAUAUGGCUAUUUUUCUGAAAUGAUGUUGACCUACUUCCUGCCAGGUGAGGUUCCAUUGCAUGAACAUCAUCAACAUGAAUGUGACAGAAAUCUCUCGUCUUAUUUGUCAACAAAUCUUUUGUUAGCGUCUGCGUAUCAUUGCUUUCUGUUUUGAUAUGAAUUUGAUUGGAGUAUGUUAGAUAUUGUAUUUGGUGAGAAACUUGAUUUUGAUUUUACUGACUUGGGUUUUUUUUCAAUAUCUUUUUUAUUUGUUUACAUGCAGUGGCAGGGAAGGGAGAAAGAUUGUGUAUGUAUGUGUUUGGGGAGGGGUUCUUUUAGGGCAGGAAAAGGAAAGACAUCUACUACAAUUGUUAUUGUAAACGCUUUUAAAAUAUCUUCUAAUUUAAGAGGAAGCAACUUGUGUAUUGAAAUAAUGGUCUAUUGAAGAGUGGCGAACACAAUUAUUGCCAUAUUUAAAAUAAACUCAUUCUA